AUGAAGAUAACAUUAAGUUAAUUUAAGCAAAAUUAGGAUUAUGUAAAAGUAUAACUUAAAGAAAGGUCGAUAUGCUAAAAUUUGAAAUUGAUAGAAUUAAGGGAGACUUAUAAGACAUUAAAAAAAAAUACUUUUAAAUGAGAAAAGCAAAGGAUAAUGUAUUUUAUCCAUUUUAGUUUAGAAUCUACUUAAAAAUGACUAAAAUAGAGAUUAAGAAGCACUUCAGUAUAAUGGUGGUAAAAAUUAAAAUGACUUGCAAUCCUAUGCAUUAUUUGGAGUUAAUGCCAAUAGAAUAGGAAAUUGA